AGUGUAAAUUUGUAUGGUGUCUUUGUGAGGAUAUUGACAGAGAGGGCGCAAAGGAAGGCCUUCCUUCAGGCCAGGAACUGCAUAGAGGACAGGCUGAAGCUGGAGGAUGAAAAUGAAAAACAGGAACGACUCCUGAUGAGCCUUUUGCCCAGGAAUGUUGCCAUGGAAAUGAAGGAAGAUUUCCUUAAGCCACCUGAAAGAAUUUUCCAUAAGAUUUACAUUCAGAGGCAUGACAAUGUUAGUAUAUUAUUUGCAGACAUUGUGGGGUUUACCAGUUUGGCAUCUCAGUGCACUGCUCAAGAACUAGUGAAGCUUCUGAAUGAACUCUUUGGAAAGUUUGAUGAAUUAGCCACAGAAAACCAUUGCAGAAGGAUAAAGAUCCUAGGUGACUGUUACUACUGUGUAUCAGGAUUGACCCAGCCCAAAACAGAUCAUGCUCAUUGUUGUGUUGAAAUGGGAUUGGAUAUGAUUGACACCAUCACAUCAGUAGCUGAAGCCACUGAAGUAGAUCUCAAUAUGAGAGUUGGUCUGCACACCGGAAGGGUUCUUUGUGGAGUUCUGGGUCUCCGGAAAUGGCAAUAUGAUGUUUGGUCAAAUGAUGUGACUCUUGCUAAUGUAAUGGAGGCUGGAGGGUUGCCUGGGAAAGUGCACAUAACAAAGACCACAUUAGAGUGCCUAAAUGGUGACUAUGAGGUGGAGCCAGGGUAUGGCUAUGAAAGGAACAGUUUCUUAAAGAAGCAUAAUAUCGAAACCUUUUUCAUUGUGCCAUCUCAUCGGAGAAAGAUAUUUCCAGGGCUUAUUCUCUCGGACAUAAAGCCUGCCAAAAGAAUGAAGUUUAAGACUGUUUGUUACCUCUUAGUUCAGCUGAUGCACUGUCGCAAAAUGUUUAAAGCUGAAAUUCCCUUCUCCAACGUGAUGACCUGUGAAGAUGAUGACAAGAGGAGGGCAUUAAGGACAGCCUCUGAAAAACUCAGGAAUCGUUCCUCUUUUUCUACAAACGUUGUAUACAACACUCCUGGAACCCGAGUGAACCGAUACAUCAGCCGCUUAAUAGAGGCUCGGCAAACUGAAUCAGAAAUGGCAGAUCUAAACUUUUUUACUCUAAGGUAUAAACAGAUUGAACGUGAGCAAAAGUAUCACCAACUUCAGGAUGAAUAUUUCACCAGUGCUGUAGUCUUGUCACUGAUUCUAGCUGCCUUAUUUGGCCUUGUCUACCUUUUAAUAAUCCCACAGAAUACCGUAGUCCUUGUUCUCUUAGUGUUUUGCAUAUGCUUCCUGGUGGCAUGUAUCAUGUAUCUACAUGUCACUCGAGUACAAUGUUUUCCAGGGUGCCUGACAAUACAAAUUAGAACCAUUUUGUGUAUUUUUAUUGUGAUCCUAAUUUACUCAGUGGCACAAGGCUGUGUGGUUGGUUGCAUGCCUUGGAUCUGGAGCACUAAUUCCAGCAGCUCUAUAGUUAUAAUUUCUCCCAGUGGGACAAAUAAGACAAUGACUGAACUUCCAUGUGAUACAGCCCAUUAUGCAUUUCUCUCCUGUGUGGUGGGGACUCUGACCCUUGCAAUAUUUUUACGUGUAUCUUCUAUGCCAAAAUUGAUCCUCCUACUUUUUGUUAUGAUUCUGUAUAUAGUUAUUUUGGAACUCAGUGGAUACCGAAAGGCAGUAGGGGAUGGCUCCUUUUAUAUACGUGGCUAUGAACCAAUAUUAGCCAUCUUACUGUUUUCCUGUGCUUUGGCACUUCAUUCAAGGCAGGUGGAUUUGAAGUUACGUUUGGACUACCUCUGGGCUGUGCAGGCAGAAGAAGAGAGAGAUGAUAUGGAGAGAGUAAAACUGGAUAAUAAAAGAAUUCUUUUCAAUCUGUUGCCAGCACAUGUUGCUCAGCAUUUUCUUAUGUCUAAUCCAAGGAACAUGGACCUGUAUUACCAGUCAUAUUCACAAGUGGGAGUGAUGUUUGCUUCCAUCCCAAAUUUCAAUGAUUUUUACAUUGAACUGGAUGGCAAUAACAUGGGAGUAGAAUGUUUACGCCUGCUAAAUGAAAUUAUAGCCGAUUUUGAUGAGCUUAUGGACAAAGAAUAUUACAAAGACAUUGAAAAAAUCAAGACAAUUGGAAGCACAUAUAUGGCAGCAGUGGGCCUUGUGCCAACUACAGAUAGCAAGGCAAAGAAAUCAAUUUAUUUCCAUCUCAGUACACUGGCUGAUUUUGCAAUAGAAAUGUUUGAUGUUCUUGAUGAAAUCAACUAUCAGUCUUACAAUGAUUUUGUUCUUCGGGUUGGUAUCAAUGUAGGCCCUGUAGUGGCAGGUGUGAUUGGUGCCAGAAGACCUCAAUAUGACAUCUGGGGUAAUACUGUAAAUGUUGCUAGCAGGAUGGAUAGUACUGGAGUGCAAGGUAAAAUUCAAGUUACCGAAGAAGUACAGCGGAUAUUGAAGCGGUGCAAUUAUGAGUGUGUUUGUCGGGGGAAAGUCAGUGUGAAAGGCAAAGGUGAAAUGCUGACCUAUUUUCUAGAAGGAAAGACUGAUGGAAAUAAUUCACAAACACGAUCUUUAAACUUAGAGAGGAAAACAUAUUCCUAUGGGAGAGCAAACAUUCAGACCAAAUUGGGCACAAGUUGUCCAUCUAUGUGCUCAUCCCCCAGCCUUUCGACAAACUCUGGGGCUGGAAUGCUUCAGCCACCAUCAGCACACACUAAUCAGACGCUCCAUUAUCUUCCUUCUGUGCCAGCCAUAAAAGAGGCAUGAAAGCAAUGAAAAUCCUUGUUCUGCCAUUUGAGAUGAAUGUGUACAGCAGAGGUCACCAGAAUUUUUAUCAGAGAGGUUAAGGCUGCAGAAUUUGAUAUCAACCAAGAAGUCUACAACCCAACCAAAGAGAACUUGGGAACCACUAAUAAGAACUUAUGGGAAGGAUCAAAUAAGGGCUAGCAAUUCUGUUAGGAGAAGUCUAAUGCCGAUUCUCUGAAAAUAUGGAAUAUUUUAUCAGUAAUUUUAAUAGAUGCAUGGGAAGUCAUGCCGGUGAGACUGAAUAUUUACAUAAACAACAUACAGUCACAUAUGUACAUGUGUGUGCGAGAGAGAUUGUUGGCAUUCACUACUGAUUUUCCUGCUGUAAGCUGUCAUGCAGAAGUGUUGGCAAUAUCAUACGGCAGAGGUUCAUAUGGGCAGAGGGAAUGUUUGUAUGAUCAUAUCCAGUGUGCUUGCAUCUAAUGUCUAAAGCUGCCCUGUGAGCACAGGGUGAUGAUAAAUUUAUCUGGAGAUGUAAGCAAGCACUGUGGAAUACUUUCCCAUAGUAUUUGGAGGGGAAAAAAGAAAUUUCCAGCACUUGCUGUAACGUAAGAAGUGGCAAGUCUUGAAGUAAACAAAUGUAGCUUUUAAAUUUUACUACAUUUUUGUAUCUUUGAGUGUUUCCCAACUGCGUAGUGAUGAGUCAGAGAUCAGACUGUAAGGAGAUUUAUUGGAGAUGUCGGGUUCUAAUCUCAUCUAUCAUAAUGAUGAAUGGCUUCCUAUUCACACACAAAUUGGGCUGUGGAAGAGUUUAUCUCAUAGUGUUGCACAGAGUCACGUAGAAAGCAGCUCCCAUAUUGGAAGGGAUAGUAGAUGUGAACAGAAUUCCAGUUAACUAUUCCAGAACAGAGUGCUACUCCAGGGGCAGCUGUGUGCACGCCAAAAGAAUAUUAAGCUGUAGAAAAUGAUGCCUUUUCAGUCGGCCAAAUGGCUAUUUUAAGACAUUUAUUAAAACCAACUGAAUUAGAGGACAUUUGUCAACUAGACACAUACAUAGAUCUGUUUCCUGAACAGUUCAUAGAUUUGUGAACACAAGCUUGUUCCUUUCAUGGAAUAGAUCUUUCAGAUCCAAUCCAUAUUGUUUGAUGCAAAUCCUCUGCCGAUGAUUUCUGUACUAGGUUCUCAUUUUCAGAUGAAGAGUCUCGUUGACAAAUACAUGUUAUUUUUUUUUUAAUUCAAAAUGUAAACUUCUUAUUUGAUAGGAUCAAUUAAUGUAUUUACAUGGUGAUGGUUUUAGCAUCUCAAAUGAAAAUACUUUUAAUACUAACUUUAUAAAUGUUUUGGAAAUGUCAGGCAGCCAAAAUUAAGUUUUGUUCUUUAAGAAAGUUUUCUUCCAUUUCCUGGCUUCUGAAUUCUCUUUCAAUGCCUUGAGUGCAGCUUCCAAAAAAUGUCUCCAUUGCAAAUUCUGUUAAUAUAAACAGGGAUUACUGUAAAGCACAAGACUUCUUUGAAGCUCACACAAAUUUCAAUUUACUUUCUAUAAAACAUUCAAAGUGCUUGUCUUCUUUGUUACUUUUGCUUGAAAUUGAUGUAGUAAAUUAUAUAACAGAAAAAGACACCGUUCUUAUCUGCAAAAUGGCUGGUGAGUGAUUUAUAGAAGAAAACCUGAAAAGGGAAAUUUCUUGCAGAUUCCAACUUCACUUUGUAGUAGAGAAGCUGUGGCUGCCAAUUUGUUAUCAUUUUAGCAAAGUUAAGUCCAAAUGUAGAUAACCUUUAUAGGCACUCAGACCUUUUUGAUCAUUACACAUAAGAAAUAUCCAGAUGUUGUUGCCCAUUACUUAUAUUCAUUUUAAUCUUGAUCAACAUUAUUUAUCUGAGUACUUCUAAAAUACUAUAAUGAACAAUUUCUUUCGUUCUUCCCAGUGAAGAAAUGUUUACUGUUAAAGUUUGGUAUAUCUCAACAGCAGGAUAUAUAUAAACUUUAGAAACACUGAUUAUGAAAGGUGGAUGCAUUGGGAAUAUGAAAGUAUCAUUGGGUUUUUUUUAAAAAAAAUCUGGAUUUCUCUUUAUAUUGUUCAAGACUUUAAUAUAAAAAUAUUAUUUUUACUGUAGUACAAUCUCUGUUGUUGCAUUCACAAGAAUACUGAUCUGCCAGCAAGAGACAGCACUGCAUUGUGCUUUCCUUCGGUUCCUAUUCAUUUAACUAAGAUAUCUUCAUAGUUUUCCAGUGGAUCUAUUGUGUCCUAGGUUUCAGUUGACUUAUUUCUGACUUUCAGUGAUCACAUUCAUUUUAUUUGCUGGUACAAACAGAGUUUCAUGGUGAUUUAUGAUCAUGUUGGCUUUGAUCUAUAAGAGAAAGCUUUCAUUUUACUCUAGUGAGUUCUAAGGCAUGCUAGUUAUUUGGAGAGUGUUGACAUGAAUGCCUGUCACUAGACAAAACUUGUUUCUCUUGAGCCAAUAGUUCAUCUCUGAUUUAAAGUAAUGAUAUGCUGAAUUUGGGGAAAUAUUUUCAAUGUAAAAAGAUAGUCUUUGGACUCAGUAAUGUCUUCUUCUCCCCCAGUUCAGAAAGAGGGCAAUUGAAAAAGUUCAUUUGCCCUUGGAUAAGGAUAUCACUUAGGAGAUCUAAUUGUCUGUAUGAUGCUGUCAGUAUCUCCAUUUUCUUUAUCCCACAAAGCACUCUCCCCAAGGCACAGAAAAGGGGAUAGAAUUCAUACAGUUACUGGCAAAAAUAGUUACCUCUCCCCAGUUUUGGCUGAUCUCUAAUCUGAAUGAUUAUUUCUUUUGAUUACCUCUUUUCCAGUACAACGAUUAAGAACAAUUUUGCUUUAGUCACCUAGAGAAGUAUGUAUGUUUUGAUAUAUGCGGUCCUAUUUUAGUUAAGGAGAUCAGACAAUUCCUCAAGGGAGGUUAGCCUUCUUUGCUGAACAUGCAUAAGCUGCUGUCUGUAAAAGCUUACCUUGAAAAAAAAAAAUGUGGUUGGCAAAUGAUUAUUAGGGAUAUGUCAGUAGGAAGCACAAUAUUUUAAAACACUUGGCACAAUUUACUCUUACAAUAAUAAUUAAAGGGUUUUCAUUCUCCACCAGAGCAGAGAAGUUAUCCAAGGUUGGGGGAGGGUUAGGGUAACCUUUAUAUUGUUAUGAAAAGAUACUAGGUAGACUUAUUAAGGUAUCUGCAAAUAUUUUUAAAUUUUCUGAAAAGCUUUCUUUAAAAUAAUUUCACAGGACUGACUGCCAACAUCCUCAUGUAAUUGGUAUACAUAAUAAUUAGGCUUGAGGUAGCUAUUUCCAGGUUUUGGCCCACUGCUGCCUUUAUAGGCAUUACAGCUUUUAUAAAUUAAUGUAUACUUAUGCCAUUUCAGAGAUCUCAAGAUCCAUUCCUCAGGUACUCAAGGAUCUGCAUGUAGUGGAGGAAUAGAUCUGCAUACUUCCCCCAAACUGUAUGUGAAAUAAUGUGUGAGCAAGAUGUGCCAUAUUUAAGCCCAUUGACCUAUAAGCUUAAUUUGUAUGUCUUUCAAAUUAUUUCACAAAUUAUACUUACCUACUGUCCAGAGAUGUUAUUUUUAUUUUUUGGUCCUAGGCAGCUGUAAUCUUGUGCACAUUUCUUAACCCAAUGGGUAUUACUUCUUAAUAGACAUUUAUAGAAUUGCAUUGCUAAAAUAGUUUAUUGUUGUUUCAACAUAGACUAUAACAACUAAACCAUUACAUUUUUAUAUAGUGCUGAAUAUAUGCUAUAAAUAGAAAAUAAUAUGAUCAGAAGAUGUGCACUAUAAAAGUUAAACGAAACUUCAAUACAUGGAUAGUAUUUCUAAGUUAAUAGCUUAUGAAAUUCCAAAAAGUGCAAAUUAUACUUAACCCACCAAUAUAAUUAUAAAAUUUCAAAUACUAUGCUAAUGGUGGUGGCUUAAGCAUAUUCUUUCCAUCAGCACAAAGAAAGGAUCCUCUUUAUGUGAAUUAGCCCAAAGAAACUGAAUAAGAAUCCUGUCUACAUCACUUCUAAUUCAAUUGCUUGAUUCUAGUUAGUGCACAGAUCGAUUCAGGCAAGGCUCAACAAGUAUGACGGAAUGAGUUUACUUGUCCUUACUUGUGGUGCCUCCAUUGGAUGUCUCUGGGCUGCUUCUAAGACCAAUAAAUAUUUAGCCAUUGGAUGUAAAGUUCACAUCACAGAAUCAAGCUGAAUGUGAACCUGAACCAAGCACUGAUUUCUAUUGCCUCAGAUCCAAACCAGAAACAGACAUAACCACAAAACAUGAUCAGCAAUUCAGACAAAGUGAUUCACUAAUAUUUUCCUUUAAACCAAAGAAGAGAAAAGGGGAAAGGAUGUGAGAAGGAGAUCUAAGAGUAAUUAUCUUUCUGCAUUUAUCUGGAUGAGGCUAAUAAAAAGGCUAUAUAUAACCUAUUGGCAUUUAAAGAAUUCUAUUUCAAAUCAUGAACAUUAUGGGUUUUUCAGCAUUUAAUGUCUAAUAUAUUAACGAUGAUUUUGAUUGGCAAAUCAAGAGAUACUAUAUGCAUCUGAUGUUCUACCAGAAUAUCCUGGAGACCGCAGGCAAGACAAGCAAAGGAAAAGGAGGUUAGGCACUGUGAGUCUCACUGAACCAGCCGUAAAACGUUAACCAGUAUUAGUAAUCCAGAUUCUUUCACAUUUCCAGUUCUAAUCAGAAGAUUAGCCAUAAUGUCCUUUCAAGUGAGAAUUUUAUAUCAAAAGGAUAGGCAACUUUUUUUUUAAUUUAUGAUAAAACUGUAAGAUAAUGCCUUAUUUAUUUUUAAUCGUGUAUAGUAUGAAAACAUUGGCCUUCAUGUUAUUAUUUAUUUACUUUAAAGGAAGUAUUGUACGAAAUUUUGUAAAUAACUUUAGCUAUGAGAGGUUUAUUGCAUGUACACUUGGACUUUAAAAAAACUGCAAAUGGGCACACUUUUAACAGAUGCUAGUGUUUUUUUGUAAACUGAAGUUUUACAAGUGCAUGAAUAUAAACCCUUUAGAAAUGGAUGUCCUUUUGCUUCUUUUCUGCAAUCUACUGCAUGCCAUUCAUGCCUGACUUAAGUAAAAAAAAAUGCUGAGAGUAAAUUUCUUUUUACAUGUUUUUAACAUAUCACUUUUGACAGAGAGUUUUUAAGGCACGACUAUUGCAUGUGUAUGUGUAACAAAAGCAAAGCUAAAAUUACAAAGCAUCAGAAGAAAAUUUAAAUCUAACACAUUCUGCCAACCUCAGUGUUGCUGGUCCACGUUAUAUGAUAUAUGAAAUGUGCUCUCAACAUCUAUGCUACCUUUAUAACAGUACCUUUGGUCAUUAGAAGCAAUAAAUUAAACUCUACAUACUGUAAUAUAUCUAUAUAUACCUUUAUAAAUGAGUGGAAGUAAAUAGUGGCAUAAAACUGAGUCACCAGUUCAACAGGUACUGUUUAAUACCUUGCUUGACUUAGCAGGAUAAGUAAAUGAUUGAUUUUGGGCAGUGAAUGAUUCCGUAAAGCCCAGAACACACAAAAGAGCACAAAAUUCCCCUGUAGAUAUGAUUGUGUGAAGCUGCCUUAGACGUAGAACACUGGUCAAGUACUGACUGGCAGAUUUUUUCCAAGAUCUCAAGCAUUUAGAUCUGAAUAUAUGAAUAUAGUCUUGUACUAAGGCUGUUUGUCCCUUUGGCCUGGUACUGCCUCAUCUGCCUAUCAGCUGCUCAGGUCUCUCUCAGCCCUGCUACCUGAGAUUAACUGGGUGGGAUGGGAUUUUAUUUGGGAAUUUAUGCAUGCAAAGCAAAUGCUGUUCUAUGGAGCUGUGGCCUUUCCCAUACAUGAAAAGAUCAUGUGUAUCCUCAAAAGCAUUUUCAGAUACUGUAGGGAGAUCAAAAGGUGGUAAGAGCAAGAUGUCAGUUUCAUCAGAUUGUAAACAGGCAGAAUUGCAUCGGAAAGGGGGUGGAGAGAGAUGGGUCAAUAAGGUUACCUAGAUUGUAGUUUUUUGUUGAUAAUUGCAAUUAGUUAUGGUAUUUGAGAUAAACAGGAUUGAUAUUUUUCAUAUUACCAAACAUAAUUUUUAUUCAAUGGCCUUAUUUCUUGAUUAAUAUGAAUCCAAAAAUUAAUAGGUCAAACCGAAACUAAAAUGCUAAGCUGAAUUAUGUGAUCUUUUAAAGUAGAAUUGGAAUUUUUCAUUUUUGCCUUUAUUCUAUGAGAUUUUUCAAGUAAACUCCAAGGCUGCAAUAGUAAUCAUGCUUUCAGAAUGCACGUCCCAGAGAAAUCAGUAGGGCUAGCUUGUAAGAAGGCAUGUUUGGGGCCCAGUUUUAGUGUUACCAGUAACUUCAAUUCAUUGUUGGUUAUGCUUUUGUGUCAGUCAUUGAGGUCCUUUCUAAAUUCUUUCACAGAGUUAUAAUGAAACAGAAUGUGGUACCUUAAGGAAUUGGGUUUUUUAGAAAAUGGAAUGUCCAAAAAUUUUAAUCAGAAUGAUUGACAGGGUGAUUUUGGCCAUUCAAGGAUCAUUAUGAAAAUAAUUGUUUUCUAUCAAAAUCUCUCAAGUUUUCUUACACAGCCUUAUGCUUUCUUCAUUAACUAAUCAAGAAAAAAACACUAAUUUAUUAUUCAAACCUCUUGAUGGCUGUAGUAUGGAAUGGCAAGUGCUGUAGGAUGUCAGGAGGAUUAUGUGACCAGAUUCUGAUGGAAAGCUUGUGAUAUAACUUGUGCAGGAAUGUAGAAAUGAUUUGCAGUAUUUUAUUUUCUGUUACAGUAGAAGCCUCAAUUUUCAUCCUGUUACCUCACAACAUGGCUAUUUAACACUUUUUUUUUUUUUUGCUUUUAGGAGAAAGGGAUAUCAUAACUUACCAAGUCUGUAGCAAUAACUGCUUCAGAACAACAGUAAAGCCCAUACAGUAAUGUCCCUAAACUAAACAGAAUUCAGCGCUUCCCAUAUGUUGGAAUUUCUUCUUUCCAUUGAACUUGGACAAAGUGGUUCCCUCUGUUCUCUGCCCACACCCUAAAAACAGCUUUAGAGCAUUGGGAGAUCCAAAUUUGAGAGGUUGCAGAGAGGAUGAGAAAUCUGAAGACAGCACAUUCUUCCAUCUAUAUCUUCUUUUUCAUCCUCUUUCUUCUCCUUUCUUCUUGUUAUCCUUGGGCAUGAACAUACUUCUUAAAAUUUCAUUUUUAAAGAAGGGAAAUGACCUAACAUUACUGCCUCUGAAGUCUUACUUAGAAUAAACGUCAUCAAGCAUAUUUGUAUUUUUAAAUCCAUGCAGCCCACAUAGAUCAUACGUACCGUUGGUGUGACUGUGGCUGAAAUAUUUUGGUAACAUGAAGCACUGUAGGAAUUUGUGACCACAAGAUUUACUAAGGAUCUGCAACUAAAUAUAAACCCUCUGCUGUGUCAGAGUAGAAUGAAUCUUCUCUGCAUGUGUACAUCACAAUCGGUCACAAAUGUAAAGAACCAUACACAGCCAGAAAGUAAAAAGAAAUGGCUGCAGUAAAGUAAGCUGACUGUUCAGAUUUGUCCUGAUACAAAUAGAUCCAAAGAAAGAAAGAAUACCCUGAGAAGGGACUGAAAUACAGAAUACAGGUGAUGGUAAAAAUAAAAUCAGAAUUCUCCCCCACACCCAAAAUAGAGAAGUAACCAGAGAUUUUAUUUCACAUCACUGAAUUUCAUCCCUUUUUAGACAUACUGAAAGUAAUCCCACUGAACACAUUAUGAUUAGUCUAGAUCCCAUGGAGUUCAAUGAUGAUGGUAUCUGGAUCCAAUCCAUUUCAGAGGUUCUGAUCUAACAUCCUACUACUGCCUAAAAAACCUAGAAACUCAAGUCCAGAAAGAAAUGUGGGGGCUGCAGAGGAUUUUUAAAGUUUUUUUUUUCCCUUUUAAUUUUAUUUUAAAUCAUCCUUAAGUGAAUUUGAUAGGUAGCAAUUUGAGAAAUGUAAUAAUAAAAGCCAAUAAUGGUCUAACAAAAUUAAUAACUUAGAAAUAAAUUAAAGGCAUACCAAAUACACUGUAAACUUCAAAACGAGUAGGUCAAAAUUUAGCAAAUCCAGCCAAGGUAAAAUAAAAGGCUUGAGAAAAUUAACUGUAGUAAAUCAUGGCACCAGAAUGACAUUAAACAAGCAAGUCAAGGAGCAAUGAAUCUAGUUUUUCCCAGUAGUGCUAGUUUGGUAUGUCUGGGGAUUUGGGGGAUGUGGAUGGGAUUGAAAAUAUGCAGCAUGCCCCUCCCCAUCUACAUUUUGAACUGGCACAGUCAAAAAGCUUUUCUAAUUGAGCCUGUUGAGUAGAAGUCUCUAUAAGGAGAAACUACUAAAUAUGCAUACGUUCUUAUGUUGAUUAGCUUUUGUUGCCUAAAGUUUAGCAAGCAGAAUUGAUUUGAUACCUUUGAUUAAAUCAUCAUUGCCAGUGUUGGUUCAGACCCAAUGCUUUAAUUCUCUCUAACUUCAAAACUUAAUAAUUGUUAUUGACUGUUUCGUCAAGCUGAAUCUGGUCCAUUAUAUUACAAAUAUCCUAAUUCAGCCUUUGUCACUUUGGUGCCCUCCAGGCAUGUUGGUACUAGAGUUCCAAUAAUUCCCUGCCAGCAUUCCCUGGCAGCUGUAGUUGCCACACAUCUGUGGGAUAUGAGAUUGGGAAAGGAUGUCCUAAGGGAUUUUAUCUUCUUCCAGCUUUAGACCUAAACUAGAGUGUUUUAAUUUUUUGUUUCUUUUCUAUUCUGAACCAAAAUCAUUCUGAGAUGGCUGUCAGUUUAUCAAUAGAGAAAAGGCUGUUUAAUGUUUUCCCUUAUGAUAAUUUGUCCAUUCAUGAUUAAAUGCCUUCAGCUGCAUUUCUGCCGAAUGAGGGGAAAAUGCACUGAGAAGUAUACAUACAAGGGUAUGUCAUAUUUAGGUUGAGCAUUUGAGGAAAGGACUAUUACAGAAAUGUAUAAUGUUGUCUUCAGUAUUACAAUAACACCCUGGGUAACUUGGAAUGAGAUAUUUGCAUAAAUAAUACGGGUCUAUUUUUUUGUACAUAGAAUAUUGUAGAGUAUCUUCCAGUCUUUUUCAAGAUUGUUGAAUUGAGAUGAGCAAUUAAAUAUUUGUCUUAUUUUUAUGUUGGGGGGUGGGAAGUAAAUGGACUAAAAUGUUAUACUUGUGAAUGUAAAUUUCUUACUGCAACUUUUAUACUGAGUGUUUGCACUAUUAUAAUUUCUGGAAUCAAAUUAAUAAAGGAAAC